GCCGCCGCAGCAGCCAUGCUGCCCGGGGUGGGUGUGUUCGGCACCAGCCUGACCGCCCGGGUCAUCAUCCCGCUGCUAAAGGACGAAGGGUUCGCCGUCAAGGCGCUGUGGGGCCGCACGCAGGAGGAGGCGGAGGAACUGGCCAAGGAGAUGAGCGUCCCUUUCUACACCAGCCGGAUCGACGAGGUCUUGCUGCACCAGGAUGUGGAUCUGGUCUGCAUCAACCUGCCGCCGCCUCUGACCAGGCAGAUCGCGGUCAAAACUCUGGGGAUUGGGAAGAACGUCAUUUGCGACAGGACUGCCACUCCCCUGGAUGCCUUUCGGAUGAUGACUGCCGCCCACUAUUAUCCCAAGCUCAUGAGCAUUAUGGGCAAUGUUCUCCGUUUCUUGCCUGCUUUCGUGAAGAUGAAGCAGCUGAUCCAAGAGGGCUACGUCGGAGAACUGCUUGUGUGUGAGGUACAGGUUCACAGUGGGAGCCUGCUGGGGAAGAAAUACAACUGGAGCUGUGAUGACUUGAUGGGAGGUGGAGGUUUGCACUCUGUCGGUACCUACAUCAUUGACCUCUUGACCUUUCUUACCAGCCAGAAGGCUGUGAAAGUGCACGGGCUGCUGAAGACCUUUGUGAAACAGACGGAUCACAUCAAGGGCAUACGCCAAAUCACGAGUGACGACUUUUGUACAUUCCAGAUGGUCUUGGAAGGUGGGGUGUGUUGCACUGUUACCCUCAACUUCAACGUGCCUGGGGAAUUUAAACAAGAUAUAGUUGUGGUAGGUUCCAGUGGGCGGCUGAUUGUAGUAGGCACUGAUUUGUACGGACAAAGCAAUAACUCUCCACAAAAGGAGCUCCUUUUGAAGGAUUCCACACCGGUCAGCAAUGCCUUGUUACCUGAGAAGGCCUUCAGUGACAUCCCAGCCCCAUACCUACGGGGAACGAUAAAGAUGGUACAGGCCGUCAGGGAGGCAUUUGAAGAUCAGGACGACAGACGAACCUGGGCCGGCCGGCCGCUGACAAUGGCUGCAACUUUUGACGACUGUCUCUAUGCUUUGUGUGUGGUGGACACCAUUAAAAAAUCAAACCAGCUGGGUGAAUGGCAGAACAUUGCGAUUAUGACCGAGGAACCAGAACUAAGCCCUGCAUACUUGAUCAGCGAAGCAAUGCGCAGGAGUAGAAUGUCUCUGUACUGCUAGCUUUUUUUGGUCACAUCUUGAGGGGCAAAAACAUUGAACCAAGGCAGUUCUUUCCUAACAGAAAAGAUGGCACGUGUGUCAGGCCUUGGACAGGGAAGACAAUAUAGGGAGUAAAUCCCCGCUGUUUAAAUCACAUUGCCUAGUUGGUGCUUGAAAUAUUAGAUGUAUUUGAAAUGCUUAGGACAGAUCGUUGUUCAAGACCCUUGCAUUAACAGUUUACAAAAAAAGCAUUAUAGGAAGGUAGAACAGAACCCAUUUACAACCUGCAGGUGCAUAGCUGAUUCAGCUACAUUUACCGUGAAAAAGGGUUCUCGAAGGUCUGUUUGGGCAUUACUUACCAACCAGCAAUCUGCAAAGAUAUUAACAUGUCAGGAAGCCCCUUGUGGCAAACAAAAUAGCUGGUGAGAAGAGCAUGCUAUUCAUAGGCCUGCUGAGAAGAGCAUACUAUUCAGUUUCUGUUACAUUCAGUAACAGAUUGCAUCUGCAUCACUUAAUAGGGAAAAUAAGAACACUUGACGUUAUUAUGUCAUGUGACCUGGAAAACAAUGGGCAGCUUGAUUUUCAUCGUCAGUAUGGGAGGCAUGAUUGUCUUUGGACUUUUUCUUUCUUUCAAGGUAACGUAAAUAGAAACAUAUAUGAUUUUUUUUAAAAAAUACAGGGUGCUCCAAAAUAGCAGCAUGUUUGACUUAGGGUUCCAGACAUUCAUGCUUCGCUUCAGUACUAAGCACAAAGAGCUGUAGAGAGAGAAGGAAUCUGCAAAAAUUAUCUGCACUGUGGCUACCCAAGACUUCUGAUGUUCUAAGAUCAUUGGUAAAUUCCAGAGGGAAAGCCAUGUUAAUCUGCCAUAUCAACACCAACUGUGAAUCCCGUGAUGUCUUUAAAGAUUAACAGGUUUAUUGUGGCAUCAGUUUCCAUGGACUGCAGCUUACUUUGUUAGGCGCAUGAAGUAAUCAAUCUGAGAAAGUGAGUCUAGUCUACAAAAAGUCAUGUUAUCAUACAUUUGUUAGUUUUUAAGAUGCCACACAGCUCUUUGUUGCUUCUGAUUUAGGGGUUUGUUUUUCGAGCCAAAAUUAGGACAAGAUUGAACAAAGCAUAGUUUUUAAUCAAAUCUAACAUGUUUUAAGUGGAAAUCGUACAAAACUAAGUAUGGUUUAGGCAAAGGCUAAAUGUGCUGAAUGAUACUAUUUGUGUGUCUGAGACUAACAGCCUCCUUUUCUCAUGGAGGUGACCAUUGAGGUUAUGUCAUCACAGGAGUCUCAUGUGGAAGUUUUGUAAUAUCAUUGUAGUGUCACUCUUUGUUUCCUAAUGACAAGAGGUGGGCUUUGGAGUUCUGUUGCUGAACCCAUUGAAAUUAUUCUCAUGCAUUCUCAUAUGUGAAAGAUCACAUCAAAUUGAAAACUUCACCGAACACUUAAAAGAAAGGUUUCCUCUCUCUUGUCAGCAGAAGCCUGUGAUAGUACCACUGUCCCCAAGAUUCCUUGGGAAUAAUAACCACAAGAGUUAAGCUGGCUUUAUAACGUAGACAUGCCUUCCUGUGUUGCGUCAGCCAUUGUUGAUCUUCACUCAGUGUUACAAAAUCUGGUGCCGAAGAUUAUUGGAAGGUUUAUACUUUGCUGAAGGGGCUUAAUUCAGCAUCCUGAAUAUGGAACAGAAAGACUUACACUAAUUUCAGGAAUUGAGCCCUGUGUGGUCACUCUAUUUUAACUGUUGUGAUGAAGAGUAAUUAAGAGUAAUGCCUUAAUUAGCAAUGCAACCUCUACUUCUUCCUCUUCCUCUGCCACGCUCACAGAGCCUGCCUACUUCGUGAGCAGUGGGCAGGUGAGUGUAGGAUAGAGGGAGGAUGAGAUGGCAGCACUUUGGCUGAAAUGACCUUUACUAUCCAUUCAUCACAAUCUACAAAUUUUCAUGCCCAGCAGCAGGAUGCACAGAGCGGUACGUAAAUCUUGACAUGCUCACCUGCCACUGCCAGAGAGAAGGAUGACACUGGGUGUUUCAGAUCAAGGGAGAAAGAAUAAAUUUAGAUGGGGUGGGAGCAAGUUCAAGAAGUCUGAGAACCGAAACACCACUGGAGAGUCUGAAUUUGUUCUGUAUAAUUUGACUAUGGAUCAUCACGUUGUGUUGCUAGCAGCCCCUGCCUGAAAAGCACUUGAAAAAUUACAAACACAUUUACUGUAUGCUUCGUAGGGUUUUCACAUUAAAAACAACAACAUCCCAGUCAAGCCUACUGGUGUCACCCAUUUCAUUUCAUUGUGGACAGCUCUAGUCAAUCCAAGCAUCUCUUUGUUUUCCUUCCAUGUUGGUAUGUUCAUCAGCAAGGGAGGUGUAGUAAAGAUGAUUUUAAAAAGAAAGGGAAAAAUGGUACCUAACUCUGUAAAUCCUCUUAUGUGUAUUAUUAAUAUACCAACAUCUACCCAUGAUUGACUGCAACUCCUUACUUUAUUUGGUUCUUGAAUGAUGCCUUGUUUUUUUGUCCUUUUAUAACCUUAAAAAUCCAAAUGUACAUUUAUUGCUGUAUUUAAUAUAUAUAUUUAUUGUAUUUUAGAGAGAUACAAAAAGCAAACUAUACCUAUAUAUAAAAUGUCAGCGCAUGGGCAUUUCAUGUACAGUAGAUAUUUUAAAAAGUUAUUUAUCAAACAAAAAAGGUGCGAUAAAAAACAGAGUCUAUAUUUUAUAUCUAUAUCUAUAUACUGUAGAUAGAAAAAUGAAACUGCAUUUAAGUUAUAGGAAGAGGAAAUGGGGAUGUUUUAAAAAGAAAAGAGCAAGUGCAUUUUGACAGCCUGACUACUUUUCAUGAAAAUCUGCCUUCUGUGGUUCUCUGCUGAAGCAAAAUCCGUCCGCCCUUCUGCUUCUUUUUCCUGAAAGGACGAUGGUCAUGUCUUAUUUUUCCAUUGCUUGGGGAAUGUAGUUAUAGUUGGCCAUGAGCAUAUAUGUGCUGCUUAAAACAUGGUUUCCUGCUGUUCUUACAUAGUUGCAUUGUUGGAAUAAAAAGAACAUAAAUGGUCAAUAAAAACAUAAAAGGAGACAGGAUUCCAGUGUCAGCCAUCCUUCAA